AUGUCGCUGGAAGCGUUUUCUUCGCGGUCUGUGUGCGCCGCUCCUGCCAAACUGUUGCCCAAGCCGAGCAGGGCUGUUGCUUGCGGGCUCCUUCUUGUCCUGAAUUGCUGCUGCAUCUCCUCUGUCUGCUUUGCCAGCAUGUCGAUUGCCCGAACGCCUGGGGCUUCAAAACUCGCACGCCAGAUUACUUUUGAGGAAGCCUGGAAGUCGUCUGCUCAUUCGCGCUUUUGUUGUUUGAUCUAUGCCACGCAGAACGGUUGGAAGCUGCCCAUACUCUUCGAAGAGCUGCACUAUCCGUAUGAUUGGUGUUUGGUGGACUUUGGAAAGAACGAGCAGAAGUCGACAGAAUUCUUGAGGAUCAACCCCAACGGACGGAUUCCGGCGCUCAUUGACCGUGAAAGCAAUGUUGCCGUGGCCGAGUCUGGCGCUAUUUUGGAAUAUGUUUGUGAUACGUUGAAGAGCAACCUGCUUCCUUCGAAAGAAGCAAACCUGGAGAAACAUCUGCAGUGCAAGCAAUGGCUAUACUGGCAAGUCAGUGCUCUGGGACCAAUGAUGGGUCAAAGUAUGUACUUCAACCGUAUUGCGGCAACAAAGGGCGAGAAAGACUCCUUCUCCAUCGCUCGCUUUAGCAAGGAAGCAGAACGGUGUCUGCAAAUGUUAGACGACCAGCUUGCUGAGAGCAAGGGUCCUUUCCUUUUCGGUGACGAGGUGUCUGUAGUCGAUGUUGCUUGCUUCGCUUAUGCUGCAAGUGCAUAUUGGGCUUGCAUCGACAUCGGUUCCAUGCUCAACCUCCAGGCCUGGUUGCAGCACCUGCACGAGCGGCCGUCCUUCAAGACUGGGCUGACGAUCCCAUUUGCGAGGCCAGCAUUCUUUGGGCCGCCCUGGGCAACGGAGGCGGAUGUCGCAGCAGAGAUCGGGGCCAACGCUGCUCAGUUCACUAUUCCUCAGAAGUAA